AUGGAUUUUUCAACCUCCGACGACCACUCCGAGCCCGUCAGGGAGUUCCUCCCUUUCCUCCGCAUCUACAAAGACGGCACCGUCCAGCGCCUCACGGGGACCAAAAUCGUCCCGCCUUCUCUCCACGACCCCAAAUCCGCCGUCCAAUCCAAAGACGUCCGGUACUACUCCUCUUCCUCCGCCGGCGGGGAUGUCAUUCUCCGAUCCAGGAUCUACCUCCCGAAGCAGACCACGCCGGGGGAGAAGCUCCCUGUCUUGGUCUACUACCACGGCGGCGCCUUCCUAAUCGAAUCUGCCUUCUCCCCGAUCUACCACAAUUACCUCAACACUUUAGUCGCCGAGGCCAAUGUCAUCGCCGUCUCCGUCGACUACCGGAGAGCCCCCGAGAACCCACUCCCAAUCGCGUACGAGGAUUCGUGGGCCGCGCUCGAAUGGAUCGCUUCCCAUUCCUCUGGCGGCGGAUCUGAGGAUUGGCUCAACAAGCACGCCGAUUUCGACUCGGUGUUCGUCGCGGGGGACAGCGCCGGCGCGAAUAUAGCGCAUCGGAUGGCGAUUAGGUUCGGCAAGGAAGGGAUCGGGGGGAUUGGAUUCGCUGGGCUGGUUUUGAUCCAUCCGUAUUUUUGGGGGAAAGAUCCGAUUGGGAACGAGGAGAAGGAAUCGGAGUUCAGGGAAGGUGCUUUUGAGUUCUGGAAGCUGGCUUGCCCGACGACGACGGGGCCCGACGACCCGUUGGUGAACCCGGCCGCCGACCCGGAUCUGGGGAGGCUGGGCUGUUCGAAGGUGGUGGUGGCCGUGGCGGAGAAGGAUUUCUUGAGCGACAGAGGGAGGUAUUACUGCGAGGCGGUGAGGAAGAGCGGGUGGAAAGGUGAGAUCGAGCUCUUGGAGGCGAAGGACGAGCAGCACGUCUUCCACUUGAUGGACGGCGGCUGCGAGAACGCCGUCGCGAUGCGGUCCAAGAUUUGUUCUUUCAUCAAUGGUUGA